AUGGCAUUGUUAACAAUAAAAAUCACUUGUUCGACGAAUGUGGGAAAAGAAAAUCAAAAAGUCAAAUAAAGCGACCGACCACCCGCUGUAUUGCAAAUUGGACGAUUAAUUGUUUGUUUGUAAGAUUAAACCGUUAUAGGUUCAUAAUUUGUUAAUAAUUUAAAAAUAAAACCAUCGAAAUCAGCUACAACGCAAAGCAAAGCUCGGCUCAGAGAGUGGCCAGGCAACUUGAAAACUGCCGGGAAAAGCAUCUAGUUGAAGUGGACUUUUUGCAGCCUUUUGCUCGGACGUACCGUGAAGCGAACUCAAUUAUAUACAUACGUACAUAUAUUGAAAUACAUAAUUUAUAAUGGAGAAUAUACCAUCGAGGGCCAAUGAUAUUAUUGGCGGCAAUAUAUUAUCAACGUUAGAAUCUAAAGAUUCCAAAGUUACACUUGGGUCAGUCACACCCCUUGCUGAGGUCGAGAAACUAUCCUAUGAAAUCCACCGUUACUCCAGCUUUUCUACCAACUAUUUCCCUGAAAAUAUACUCGUAGAUUGUCCAAGUGAUCAGUCUUCACGUUGGUCAGCGCACACCAACAAUCCGCCGCAAUAUCUUACUCUGAAGCUAAAGCGUCCUGCCAUUGUGAAAAAAAUCAAAUUUGGAAAGUUUGAAAAGUCUCACGUUUGCAAUAUCAAAAAGUUUCGAAUUUUUGGUGGUCUUGAUGAGGAACGCUUGGUAUUGCUCCUAGAAGGCGGUCUUAAAAAUGAUAAUGUGCCAGAAGUGUUUAACUUGCGAUGCAAAACCGAAGACGGUUCAGAACAGCUUCCUAUUUUGUUUGUGAAAAUCGUGCCGUUACUGUCGUGGGGACCAACAUUCAACUUUAGCAUUUGGUAUAUUGAAUUGCAUGGCCAAGAUGAUCCAAUGUAUACCAGUGCGAGUUUAAAAAACUACAAUAUGCUGCGUGAGAUAGAGAUCGUAAAAUUGUGCUUGAAACACUUUCGCCAACAGGGCUACGAUGCCGCAUUUAGGGCUCUUCAAGAACAAACACAAGUACAACUGGAACACACGCUUAUAAGCGAGCUGCACAAGUGUCUGGUCAUGAGUGGCGAUUUUGAAAAGGCUGAACAAUUCAUAACUGAGUGUGUGAAUGAGGGUCUAAUGGACGCCUACCUAAACCGCCAGGAUUAUAUACACACCUGGCGUAUGCAACACACUGAAAGCAGCACACAACCGGGCAAUCGUGGCGGCCAUCAAUUGGUUGUGGAUACUAAAAAACGUUUGGUGUAUCUGUAUGGUGGUUGGGACGGGUACCGUGACCUCAGCGAUCUGUGGGUCUUCGAUAUAACAAAUAAUAGCUGGACAUUGCUGUUUGAACAAACUGAACCUUUUAAUGGACCCACUCCACGUUCAUGCCAUAAAAUGGUCUUUGAUUCUGUUAGUGAAAACAUUUUUAUGCUGGGCCGCUAUUUGGACAACUCCAUUCGUACAACAGAUUAUAUAAAAAGCGACUUCUUCCUGUAUGAUACGCGAGCGCGAACGUGGUUGCAAAUCUGCGACGAUACUAGUCACGUAGGGGGACCACACCUUGUCUAUGAUCAUCAAAUGUGCAUUGAUAGCGAUAAGCGCACAAUUUAUGUAUUUGGUGGAAAAAUUCUCACACCACGCAGCGUUUCAAAUACCACAACGAAUGAACCCGAAUAUUCGGGUCUAUUCUCGUAUCACAUUGCCACCAACACUUGGACUCAGAUACUCGUCGAUUGUCACCAUCCAAGUGCUGCACAGGCAGAUGUACUCUCUAUAAAGUCCCGUAUUACCCACUGUAUGGUCUUUCAUAUGAAAAAUCGCAAACUGUAUAUUUACGGCGGUCAGCGGGGUAAAGAGGAUAUCGAUGACUUUAUCACUUAUGAUGUAGACACUCAGGCCAUUUCAGUGCUUAAUAAAGACAAUAACACCUGUGGCGGUGCUGGUGGCAGUAGCGUUUGUAGCCACAGCAGCGGUGGAGGUGACGCCAAAAAUGAACCGUCGCCAGGUUACACGUUGCGGGCUACAAUCGAUUGCGAUCGUGAUGAAAUUUAUAUCUUCUCCAGUUUGAGUAAACUUAAAGAUCGUCGUGAUAUCCAACAUAUUGACGCCUCGAAUUCAUUUUGGGUAUAUUCGCUUAAAAGUUACACAUGGUCCCGUAUUUAUAACUGUCGCCAUAAUGCUGAAACUGGAAAUACGACUGUUAAGAAUGAUAAGCUCGAACCAUGUCCACGCUACGCACAUCAACUGGUUUACGACGAUGUCGCAAAGUUGCACUACCUCUUUGGCGGGAAUCCUGGCAAGUCGGCGCGGCCCCAAAUGCGUCUGGAUGACUUUUGGACACUUGAGUUGGAAAAACCUAAAAGGAAUGAAAUAUUAAUGCAUUGCCGUUACCUUGUCCGCAAGUUACACUACGAAGAAAUGGCACGCACCGAUCAGCUUAAAGCAAUGCAAUAUUUGCGCAAUCAUGUCGCCGAAGUUAUUGAUCACUCGAAUGCAGAACAAGUGAACAAUUUCCACAAACUAGCAUCUUUGCUUUUUCGUACGGAUGAUAGCAGCGCUGCUGCUGGCCGAUCCCCAUUGGCAACGCCACCAUUGGGAAAAGCCCUAAAAAUGGACAGCAGCAUACGGGUGGAAAACUUAGCAACCGACAUGACUACUGAAUCAGCCGAAAGCGGCGAUAAACAGCCGCCAGAUGAAGACUGUUCAAAUAAAUCUGAUGUCACCAAUCCUACAGACGAUUUAUCAAUGGAAUCAUGUGAUAGCACUGCAACGUCUUCUUCAAUGUCAGCAGUUUCCGAUUUGGCUGUUCGCCAUGGCCGGCGGAGUAGCAGUAAGCGAUCACACGACGGUAAACUGCAAGAAUUGCGCAGACGGCGUGCUUUUCUCUUUAAUAAGCUUGUUCAACUAAUGCCGGCUAAUAUGGUUCAACCGGAAAGGAAUCUGAGCGACUUUGUUGUCAUGUAAACUUUCUUUUACACUAUGUAUUCUGAAACGGAUUAGUAUAUUUUUAGACCCUGUUUCUUGUUUUUUUUUUUUUUGGGAAAGCUGACGUUAUCGCUGGGAUCGUGAACCAGUAGACUGUAUUCCAAAUACAUGUUGAACGCUUUUAAAAAGCAAAUAAUACCGAUAAAAAAAUUUUAGAUACUGUUUCCAGUGUUACAAAUAUGCCUUAAGAAUCAUUUGACCGCAGAGGAAGGAAACAAUUAUAUGCAUAUUUUGACAAGUUUCUGUUUUUUUUUUAAAUGCAAAAUCAUUGCUAUUUUAUUUAUUGUAUUUAAAGCAUAUAGUCAUUGUGAUACGAGUGCAAAAAUUUGUUUUUACGAAAUGUAUGAGAUCGCGCGUUGUUCACAUUUUCUCUGCCAACAAUAAAAUAGUACUGAUUUUUUAUUAUACAUUAUAUAUAUAAAAAUAUUUGUUAAGCGAAAAUAAUACAAUAAAACAAUAUAUUAACAUAGAUUUCUUACAAAACACUAUAUUUUAUGAAUUUAAUAAAUUAGGCUAUGUAUGGGUGUUGUGUGGUGGAGGGAAGACUAAUCGAUGCCAACGCUACCGACGUAACUGCGCAUGAUUGUAUCCUGCACCGCUAGAAAUACUAUGCGGAAUCUGUGGUAUCUGUGGAUGAAAAUUUUAUACUACAUAUUUAGAACCAUAUAGAUUAUAAGAUGUAUCUAUCAAGUCAAUUAUCAAAAAUCCAAAAUAGCGAAUCCAAUAUGGCGCCUAAGAAUUUAAAAAUUACUAAAUUUUCAUGAAAUUUGGUGUAUAGAGGUUCUUAAGUUCGCUCAUUACAAAUUUCCAACUAGGUUUUGAAAAUUCAAUAUAGCGUCCGACAUUUAAAUAAAUUAUUGAGUUUUCAAACCUGAAUAACUUUAUUUAAAAAUGAGAACUGCAGUUUUGGAAAUUACGAAAUUCGUAUAAAGUAAAAGAAAAAAACUUAAAAAAAAACUAGGAGGCCUGGCCAGUUGUUUGGGCUCAAUAUAUAGAACACGGCCCCAUCUAUCCCCCAUUCAUAAAUAUGUAAAGUACUAUUAUUAUUUCAUAAUUUGAUCAUCAAUUCAUUUCAAAUAUGUUCCUUCAAAAACAAUAAAUCAUUAAUUUGGCUAAGCAAAUAUAAUGUGUUACUCAACUGAAAAUGACAGUUCAAAAAGUGUGAAUGUAAUAAAAAACUCGAGAUCAGUGAGCCCUAAAACCUAGUACGUUUAAUUCUUGGAAAAC